AUGCUACGCCUUUUCGAUCGAUGGGGAGUAUCUUCCAUGGUACAUGCAAAGGACAUCGCACUCGAAAAUAUCACCAUUCGCCGCUGGAAGGAUGGUAGCGUCCUAAGCACAAUGCCUGUUAAUAAGGCUUACGGACACCAGACUGUGGUGCAUCGUGCCGAUCUACAUAACGCGCUCAUCACCAAGGCUCUGGCGCUGGAGAAUGUUCAGCUGAAAGUAAACUCCCGUGUCACAGGCAUCAAAUGCUAUCACCCAGCUGCCGUCACGCUCAUGGAUGACACGGUGGUAACGGGUGAUGUGGUGGUGGCAGCCGACGGAAUCAAAUCGGUGCUCCGCGGGGAGAUCCUGGGGUCGUCGGCAAUGCCGCCCAUUCCGACGGGGGAUGCAGCUUAUCGCAUCAUGUUGUCACGAGAGGUGAUGGAGAAGGACCCAGAGUUGAAAGCCUUGCUCGAUAAUCCCAUCGCUACUCGCUGGGUUGGGCCACAUCGUCAUAUUAUCGCGUAUCCCGUGCGCAACCACGAGCUGUUCAAUAUUGUCUUACUUCAUCCGGACGACCAUGACGCGGAAGAGUCUUGGACUACUACGGCGUCCAGGCAGAGUAUGCUGCGUCAAUACCAUGGCUGGGACACAACGGUGCUGAAGCUCCUCAAUCUCGUCAAAGAAGAUGAGGUCCUAGAGUGGAAGCUGUGCAGUUACCCAAGCCUAGAUUCGUGGACGAAAGGCCGUGUCGCGCUGCUUGGGGAUGCCUGUCAUCCAAUGCUGCCAUAUGUUGCGCAAGGUGCCGCUCAAGCUGUUGAGGAUGCGGCCGCCUUAGCUAUUCUCCUAUCUGUUAUACCCUCUCGGCAUGCCAUUCCUGAGGCUCUUCGUGUCUAUGAGAUGUCCCGUAAACCACGUGCCGAGGGGAUCCAGCAAUCGGGAAUGGCCAACCGUACCAUUUUGCAUCUUCCCGACGGUCCCGAACAAGAGGCCCGCGAUGAACAGUUCCUUGCGAGCAUGACUAGUGCAGCCAACCCGGACAAAUGGGCUGAUGCAGAAACUCAGAAGCUUUUGUGGGGAUGGGAUGCGGAAGACCACGCUUUAGCGACAUGGGCAGAGAACACGAGGCCAGUAUAUCUCGAAUCAUCUCUUUAA